AUGUGUAUCAUAUUUUGGAAAGAGACCAAAACGCAUCAGUAAGCCCCUCCGACCGAGUCAACCUCUCACUCAUUCCCCAGGCGCUGACGGAUCUCUCCCUCAUCACGACAUGACUCAUUCCCCUCGGCCCCUUGACCCUCCACAGCAUCAUCCUCGGCAACCGGGACGAGUUCCUCUCCCGACCGACGACCAAAGCCGCUUGGCAUACCCAAUUCUCGCCCUCGAUCCCGGUCCUCUCUGGACUGGACCUCGAAGCAGGUGGGGGAUGGUGGGGCCUCAGUUUGGUCCCCAGCACGAUUACCCCACACGCGGACGAAGACGUUCAAGAUGCCGACGGCCCUUCAGCCAGCCUCCGCUUCGCAACCUUGACCAAUUUCACCGAACCGGCAUCCACGACUGAAGCAGAGAAGAAAAAACCCUCACGAGGACAUCUCAUCAAGAACGUACUCGUACACACCGAAUCAACGAUCGAUCAACGUCUGCCUACGCUCGACGAGACCAAGGAUCAAUUCGCGGGGUUCAACCUCGUUGUGGCUGAGUGGGAGCCGAGGAAAGGGGUUUGGAGCAUGUUCUAUACGAGUAAUAGGGAUGCACAACCGGGGAGAAGGAUCACCGGUGGUCGAGCCAAACAAGCCGAUGCGGUCAGCAAUUCGACAUGGGAACCGACAAGUCAAGGCGAGCCAAGAUGGCCCAAGGUCGAGGCCGGGUGUUCCCUCUUGGAUGAGCUGAUCUCGGAUGACGAAGAGGAUGAGGGCGUAUUGUUGGAAAAGGCGUGGCAAUUACUAAGGUGUGUCUGCUUCUCAGCUCAAGCGGAGGAUGGCUUGGGGAUGAGCUCAUCAGUGAAGAAUCUUUCUUUCUCUCCGGCAGCACGGCGAACCCUGCACCCUUGCUCGACCGUACCCACCUUCGCCACACCAUCCUCGUCCGCCCAACCUUCAUGAAUCCUCUCGCACCACUACCCUCGACACCGACCCCGUUCACCCCUGCCCCACCCGGCACACAAGCCCUUUCUCCAGAAGUCCUCCCUUCCUCAGUCGACGAUCCGGACAAGACAGAGGGUCGGAAUGGGUAUUGGUACGGCACGAGGGUACAGAGUGUUUUAAUGGUCGAUAAGAGGGAUCCGAAAGGAAGGGCGGUGUUUGUGGAACGGGAUGCGUAUGAAAUUGAGAAGGGGUCGGGGAAGGUCAGGUGGAGUGGGGAGGAGAGGAGGUUCGAAUUGGAGGAUUGGGUAAUGGGUGGGAGGAUUGUGGGGCAGUGA